UUAGGCCAUCUGUCCCGCACCGAGUUAUUGGAUUGGGGAUUGAUUCGUCCCGAUUGGCACCGUGGUCGUUUGGGAGGAUUACAUUGCUCCCGGGCCACGCAGAGAGAGGGGAAAAGCACACGCACGCACUCUUUGUUCCUGGCAGAGACGCUAGGUGUGGUGCCCUGGUUUUCCUGCUGCCAAAUUCUGAGGUGCAUCUGGUAAUAGGGCUCACCAUGGCACAAGAGGAUGCAGCAUCCCUACCCACCUUGAAGCUACUGUUGGUUGGUGACAGCGCAGUGGGGAAAUCCAGCCUCUUGCUGAGAUUCACUGAAGACCAGUUUGAGCCAUACCUCAACGCGACCAUUGGUGUUGAUUUUAAAGUGAAGAAGAUGGCGAUCGGUAACCUUUCCCUGCAACUAGCGAUAUGGGACACAGCAGGGCAGGAGCGAUUUCGAACGCUGACUCCCAGCUAUUAUCGAGGCGCUCAAGGUGUAAUUUUAGUUUAUGACGUCACCAGGAGAGAGACUUUUCUGGCCCUGGAGAGCUGGCUGCAAGAGCUGGAGAUGUAUACAAAGAAAAGUGUGGUGAAGAUGCUGGUGGGCAACAAAAUCGAUGAGCCCGAUCGCGAGGUAGAAAGAAGGGAAGGCUUGCAGUUUGCUCGGAAACACUCCAUGCUCUUCGUAGAGGCCAGCGCUAAGAUGAAGGAUGGAGUGCAAAAUGCCUUCGAGGAAGUCGUCCUGAGGAUCCUGCAGACUCCAGAGCUUUGGAAUAUCAGAAGAGAGGGAGUGAAAUUGGCAGAGAGCCGAGCCCUUAAAGAACCCGACGCCUGCAACGCAUAUUGUUCUGUUGCUUAGAACCCACCAUCUUCAAAUAAAAAUGGC